GUGGAUGAAUUUAGUGACAGUUCUAGUGUGAAUCCAAUCGAUACUUUGAUGGUGAAAGGAUAUGGUGAUGAGAUUCUCGGAACAUGGAAACGAGUGGAAACCUGUGAUUCCACAGCGAGUCGCUUUCCCUUAGUUCCUGGCAGAGAUUGCUCGGGUAUUGUGGAAACGGUUGGACCAGGAGUGAAAGGAAUUGUUCCUGGGGAUAAGGUGAUAGCAGUGAUUCCUGCAACUUUGCAAGGUUCGCAUGCUGAAUAUGUCGUGACGGAAGAAUCCUGCUGCUCCAGCAUGCCGUCUAAUCUCGACUUCCCCCAAGCUGCUGCCAUACCGUACGUAGCGAACACUGUCUGGGCUGCACUUGUUUCUGUGGCAAGGAUGAAUCCACGAUCUAAACCAACUGAACGAGUGUUAAUUCAUGGUGGCGCUGGUGGUUUGGGCACCAUGGCGAUUCAAAUGUUGAGAGCAUGGGGUGCCGACAAAAUAGUAGCUACAUGCUCUGACGAUAGUGCAGAAAUGGUACGGAAACUUGGAGCCAUUCCUAUCGACUAUCGAUCGUCAAACGUUCGAGAGCAUCUUGUUGCGGAAGGACCUUAUGAAGUGAUCUUGGAUUGCGUAGCCUCUGAUCUGGCCAGGUGGAGUGAUAAGACAAUGGGUGUUUGGCGCAAUUGCAUACAUGUGUCCGUCGUCACUCCGUUGUUGAGAGAAACUGACAGACAUGGGCUUGUGAUGGGGUUAUCAUCAACUGCGGUCAAAUAUUUGUGCAGAAGUUAUGAGAGUGCUCUUCGAGGACAAUGGUUUUCAUAUGCGUUCUUUGCACCUAACAAGGAAUGCAUGUUACAGCUAUCACGAUUUGCACAAGAAGGGAUGAUUGUCCCGAUAGUGGAACGAGUGCAUACAUUCGACGAACUUCCUGUAGUUUACGAAAAAGUGUCUGCUUUACGUGGUCGCGGCAAGACCGUUUUAACGUGGUAG